CAUUAAUGGGGGUCAGUCCUUCAAUUUCUUAACUUCUCCCCAAAACUAACUCACAAUCCCAGCAUCAAUGAAGCUGUUUGAAGCCACGCACAUUUUCGGCCACUCGUGGGACAAGCUCACGCUCGCCUCCUUCCGCAAGUACCCAAACCCCUUCUCCCCACACGUCGUCUCUGUCGACGUCGUCAACCGCUACGUGGACCCUGCCUCCGGAAAACUCAUCACACACCGACUCGUCACGAUGGAAUCGGGAUUGCCUGGAUGGCUGUCCCGCGUUAUGGGCUUCACCGCAGCCCACUGCCAUGUCCACGAGACGUCCGAGGUCGACCCGACCACGCAAACGAUGACUCUGCGCACGAAAAACCUCAGCUGGAGCGAUCUGUUCACUGUCGAGGAGAUGUGCCAGUACGCACAAGACCGCAACGACGCCUCUCGCACCGUCUUCACCCAGGAGGCGCGCAUUCACGCGUUUGGCUCGCUCGCAACACUCCGCUCCCGCAUCGAGGGCGCCAUGCUCGACCGCUUCCGAUCCACUGCCGCCAAGGGCAAGGAAGCCAUCGAGUUUGUUUGCGAGUCCUUGAGUCUCGAGCAACAAGAGGCCACGAUCUCGUCUGCCUAAGCACGCACGCACGCAAAGCAAUGCCAAAAAAUUCCGUUAACGCCCGCUGUAUCUCUAUUCUUUCUUCGCCCCCCCCCCUUCUUUCUACACCGCGAUCUCGCUGUUUGGUUGUCGCAAGGACGCGCUGCUGCUCCAUCUCUGGUAUGAGGAGCCAGCUCGUGGUGGUAGAUGCCAUUUGUUGAUUUUUUGUUUGUUUGUUUGUUGUUGUUGUUUUGUUUGUUUCCGUGAUUUUUGUGUGUGCCGUGUCUUCUUGUUAACGCGCUGCCAAUGUUGGGUUGCAACCCAACAUUGUGCGGCAUUCUUCACCCCCUCAUUAUAUCAAUUUGAUCCUU